AUGCCAACCUCAUCUAGUCAACCGCUCCUCCAAGCUACCCCGGGCAAGCGUAUCGCCUUGCCCGUCCGUGUAGAGCCCAAGGUCUUCUUCGCGAACGAGCGUACGUUCCUGUCCUGGUUGAACUUCACGGUGCUGCUCGGAUCGUUGGCGAUUGGACUUUUGAACUUUGGAGACCGUGUCGGACGGAUUUCUGCGGGCGUAUUUACGUUCGUGGCGAUGAUCGUGAUGAUCUAUGCGCUUGCGACGUUUCAUUGGAGGGCAAAUCGGAUCCGAAAGCGUCUUCCAGGGCCUUAUGAUGAUCGGUUUGGACCGACGGUAUUGUGUGUGUUUAUCCUCGCGGCGAUCUUGAUUAAUUUUGGACUGAGGUUCAGCGACAAUCGGAGCUAG